AUGCAGGUGACCCCUGUCCUCCUGGCGCUCACCCUGGCACUGGCCGUUCCCAGCUGCUCUGCACAACAACCGUGUAACCUAACAGGAAACUGGACCAACGACCUGGGCUCCAAUAUGACCAUCAAUGAACUGAACAGCAAAGGCGAGUUCAAUGGCAGCUACCACACUGCCGUGAAAGCCACCAACAAUGAAAUCAAGGUCUCCCCACUGCAGGGCUACCAGCACGUCAAGGACCAGUGCAAAAAUGCCACCUUCGGUUUCACUGUCAACUGGAAUUUCUCAGACUCCAUCACCGUCUUCACUGGCCAGUGCUUCGUGAACAACAGCAAGGAAGUUUUGAAGACCAUGUGGCUCCUGCGAAGCCACGUCAACAGCCUCGAGGAUGACUGGAAAGCCACCAGGUGA